AUGGCUCCAUCUCUUUCCAUCCUCUGCUUCGGCAAUUCCCUGACCGCCGGCUUCUACCAGUAUGGCCUGCAAUACCACCCCUACUCCGAGAAGCUCAAGGAGCGUUUGAAAGAAGCCUUUCCCUCUCACACUAUCCGCAUUGACGUUGACGGCGUACCGGGUGACCUUGUUAUCACUCCCCCAGGACGCUUCCUGACUAGAAUGCAGGAUGAUUGCUCGAAGACUUCGUACGACUGGGUGAUUGUACUUGGUGCAACAAAUGAUCUUGGUCGCGGGUAUCCAUGCUGGAAAAUAUUCCCGGCGCUGAAAGAAGCCUGGCAGGUGGCACUCGACAGCGGAGCACAGAUCCUAGCGCUUACCGUCCCGGAAUGCGCAGCCGUAAACAAACGGCUUGAUACUGCUCGAGCUGAACUGAAUUCCCUGAUAUUAAACCAUUCUGACGAGCGAUUCCACGCAUUUGACCUGCACAAGCAUGUUCCGUAUCACAGCUCUACGGAGAAUUUCAGGGAGCUGAUAUUCGACGACGGUCUCCAUUUGACGGCUGAAGGGUAUGAUCUGGUUGGCAAUGUAGUUGCAGACCAUUUGAUACCGCUUCUCAGCUCGCGUGACGCUGGGGAGCAGUGACCGAAGUUAUGCUGCGACGGUGAUAUCUUGAUAGCAAAUCGAUGAACUUCGUUCCCACCGGCUUCUUUCUAAAGCUUGGACAUUCAACUAUUCCAUAGUAACCUAGCACGCAUCCUGCCUGUUCUGAGCCUUGCACGUAGCAUUUAGGUGUUUAC